AUGGACUCGUACUCGUCCUACAGAGAUACUAGGGACUCAGGUCGUUCUCCAAAUAUGGAACGUGCCCCUCGCGCCCGCGACGAUUCUCGAGGUAGAGACGAUCGUUCUGAUGGGUUCUAUCGCAAUAGAUCACCUGGCAAUGACCGUCGCGACCGCCGUCGCUCUCGUUCUCCUGUUGACAGAUAUGAACCUCGUUCUCGCAGAGAUGACCGCGACAGAGAUGAUAGAAGACGCGGCGUAUCUCCUCCUUCAAACAUCGACCGUUAUGUUCCUCACAUGGACAAUAGUCCGGCUGGAACUCUUGUCAACCCUAUACCGAAUCCUAGCCAGCUCCCAUAUCAAGUAGGGUUCUCUUUUUUCAGCGAAUGGUGGCGCAUGAAUGAAAAAGUCAAAGAUGACAAAGAGCGCGCCCGUACCGGUCGCCGCCGCGAGCCUGAACGGCCGCGAGGUGCUCGCGAAUCGCAAGAGGAGCGAGAGAAGGAAAAAACACAAAUACAAGCUGCCUACGACUCAUACAAGGAAGAACUGCAGGCCAAGAUGGCUCGCACCUUUGUCAGUGAGCAUAAGAAGGAGCAAUGGUUUAAAGAACGAUAUGUACCCGAGGUUCGAGAUGCCUUCAGAGCCAAGCUCAAUGAGGUCAGACGUGGCGCCUACAGCCAAUGGGAACAGGACCUGGAAUCUGGCACUUUUGACGAAUUCUCCUUGGAGGGCAUUCCCAAAAGCGAGAGCAACGGCACAGGCGGCGUUAUCGAAAAGGAGGAAGGCGAGGCCACCGCUGCCAAUGAGAUUCUUGGCGUCAGCGAUCUUGUUCCAACCAAUGGCGCGGAUAUUCGCGAUGAGAACCAAUUUCAGCCAACGCUACUCAUCAAGACAAUUGCGCCUCACGUUAGUCGUCAAAACUUGGAGGAGUUCUGCAAGGAGCACCUUGGAGAGGAGGAAGGUGGUUUUAGGUGGCUGUCGCUAUCAGACCCUAACCCAAGCAAGAGGUAUCACCGCAUCGGUUGGGUAAUGCUCCACCCAUCUUCUGAGUCUGCAAUGCCAGUCGAUCGGGCUGAUCCUAAAGACGGCGACGACGGCGAGGCUGCCGCUACGCCUCCUCCAGCCUCUACAGCUGAGAAGGCAUUGGAAGCUGUCAACGGCAAGACGGUAAAGGAUGAGGCAAGAGGCGAUUUUGUAUGCCAUGUUGGUGUACACAACCCGCCUAGCAACCCAAGAAAGAAGGCUCUCUGGGAUCUGUUCUCUGCACCUGAGCGUAUUGACAAGGAUCUCCUGCUGGUGCAGAGGCUCGUGAACAAGUACGAGGAAGAUUUCGGCUCCGACUUCCAAGCCAUUAUCAAAGUUGAAGAGAAGGUCGAGAGCCUUCGGAGUUUGGGUCAGUUGAAGCCUGCAAUUCCUCCUGCACCACGUAAGAAGGCUACAAAGACGAAGGAGGUUUCAAUGGAUGAGGCGAUGGAUGGUGAGGAGGAGGAGGAGGGCGCCGCAGCUGAUGAGGAAGAAGAUGAUGGUGCCGUAGACGAAGACGAGGUAGAUGAUGAGGAUAUGCUGGUCAAGAAGAAGCAGCUUGAUCUUCUCAUCGAAUACUUGCGACGCGUCUUUAACUUCUGCUUCUUCUGCGUCUUCGAGAGCGACUCGAUUCAUGAGCUCACGCGCAAGUGCCCUGGUGGCCAUUUGCGCCGCCCUCGCAGCACACUCUCGAGCUCGGCUAGAGAGGUUGCAAAAGCUAGUGCUGACGGCAGCCCUUUCCCCGAGAAGAAGCGAGCCGAAGGCGACGAGGAUCUGGACAUGGAUGCCCCAGAGAACGAGAAGAAAUUCCGCAAUACGUCCAGCAAGACCGAGCAGCAAUUCAUGCGAGCUUACAACUGGGUCAAGACAUUCGAGGACAAAGUUCAACAGAUCCUUGAACCGCAAUCAUCGGAUAUCCGGAAGUUAGGUGGGCGACCAGUGGAAGAGGCAGUUGAGGCUGAGCUCAUGAAGCACGUGAAGCAGGAAGAUGAGCACAAGUGGCGAUGCAAAGUCCCCGAAUGUAGCAAGUUGUUCAAAGAAGAGCAUUUCUGGAAGAAGCAUGUCGAGAAGCGGCAUACCGAAUGGUUCGAUGGGCUGAAGCAGGAGUUUGAACUGAUCAACUCAUAUGUUCUCGACCCAUCGCACAUUGCGCCGUCUCGCACUGACGCAAACUCAAAUGGGCAUUUUCCCCAGCCCAAUGGCAACUCUGCAACGGGUACACCUCGUGGAUUUAGCCUGCAAAACUUCUCGUCCAACCCUAUGAUGGUGCCAGGCUUCCCAGCCGGCGGUGUCCCCCACGGCUUCCCAGGCAUGCAAGGCAGUGGGUGGAACGGAAUGGACAACGAUCGCUCUGGUGGGCCUAUCCGGCGCGGAGGCAUGUCCCACAGGGGUCAGUACCGCACGGGGCCCUAUGAUCGUCGUGGCGGCCGUUUUGACGGCGGCCGACCCCGAAUGGGGGGUUCUCGCUGGGGCGACGGCGCAGGUGCUGGCGCUGGGGGACCACGCGAGGCUGUUCAAGGACGAAGCUUGAAGAGCUACGAGGAUCUUGACCAGGUCUCUGGAAAUGGUGGUGGUGAAUUGAACUAUUGA